GAGUUGUACCUCCAGAAUCCUGACUUCAGCCCACUCAGAUUGCCACCUGAGCUGCUGUGUCAAAGUCCUUCCUCCAUGUUUGUUCCUCUUGGAGAUGCAGACAUUCAGACCAUCCUCACUAAGAUCAACAACUUCUGUACAGAAUUUAAUCCAGAGGUUACAGCGGUGCUGGUAGCAAAGUUCCCCAAUAUAACAACAGAUGCCAUCCAAAAGUUGGGUAGCCAGUGCGUGGGCCUGACUGUGGGCCAGAUAAACUCUGCCCCCUCCAAUGUGUUAAACACUACACUGUCUACACUCAGUAUCAUCAGUGGCUGGGACCAGGGCCAAUUGAAUGCCCUCAUCCAGAGCAUCAUUAGUUCAGGCUUUAAUAUCGACAGUGCCUCCUCAGUCUUGUCACUGGGAACACUUAUUGGUGGUGUUCCUUCUGCAACCAUCUCCAUCCUCCCAUCUUCUCAGAUUAUGUCUUUAUCACAAAUGUAACGUUCAUCAAUAACAUUUUAUCAGCACCAGUUAUUCUGCAAGAGACAUUUGUCCAAAAGGUAAUCUCUGUAGACCAAACUGAAGUGAUACAGAAUGUUCCAGAUGCACUGGUGAUGUAUAUUCCGCUUGUUCUAUUGACAUCACUGAGCUCUGUGGAAAUUUCACUCAUCAAUAACAAAAGCUGGAGUCAUGAACAGGCUAUGAUGCUGUUUGGUGCAGUGGCAAGUGCCAGUGAUAAUCCAGAAGAUCUGUCACCAUCAGUACUGCAGGGAUUCUCCUGUGGUUCAGUUCAGACUCUGCCAAUACAAAAAGCCAAAGAUCUAGUGAAAGCCUGUAGACCACGUGCAGACAGAGACAAGGUUGUCCUGGAAGAGGCUCAGCUGAUCUGCAUGUACAACUACGUAAAACAAGAUCCAUUUGUUAACUUUACUGAUGUCCCCUCUGACCUGCUACUUUACUACAGCUAUGAGAAGAUACAGAAGGUGAACUGCCAGUCAUAUUUCAGUGCCCUGGGCAAAGCAGAUUUCUAUGUUGUUUCUCCUGUCCUUGACAAAAUGACCAACCUGUUCAACAAUGCAAAGGACUGCCUGGGUAUAUCUGGUGUGAGUCUGACCAGGGAUCAGGUGGAUGUUCUUGGGAAUAUGGCCUGCACACUGGAAUUCUCCUACAUUCAGAACUCUGACCCUCUCAUUUUGGAGAAACUAAAGAACUGUGAAGAUCUUUCUGAUUCUCAGAUCACUGCUAUACAGUCACUGCUGCUCAGUGGAAACACUACUUAUGGUAAUCCAUCAACAUGGAAUGAGCAGACCGUGGAACAACUCGGCAUGCUGGCUGUUUAUUUCAAAUCAGACCUCUGCAACAAGCUUAGCUUUAAUGUAAAAAGGAAAGUUCUUUCAGUCCUGAGGAAGCAGAAGCUCCCAAUAAACAAACUAAGUGCAUUCUUUACAGAAUGCAACUCAGAAAGCACUACAGUGAGCAAGAUCACAGCAGCAACAAUUGCAGAUACAUCGUUUCCUUACGGCUUUAACUCCAUGCUGUUUGAUCUGUAUCUGGACAUCGAUGUCCUACAGGACAACCUGGCAGCCAUUACUGAGAAAGUGGUGGACACCAGCCUCCAGAAUGUCAUUCUGAACAAGUUAAACCAGAUUUAUCCAUCAGGCCUUAAUGAUGAUGUGCUGCAACUACUAGGUUCCAUGUCUCGGGUGGCAUCUAUUGAUGCUAUUAGCAAAUGGAACAUUACUAUAAUUGAUACGCUGUCCUCUUUACUGGACUCAAAUGAUGGAAGCUGGGAACCAGAAAAGAGUAAAGCAAUCAUCAUGAGAUAUCUGAACAUUGAUAUUCAUUCUCUGGGAAGUGCUGAAAUAAAUAUCAUUGGUUCUUACAUCUGUACAUUAGACAUCAAUGUACUGGAAAAUAUCACUGCUGAGAACCUAAUAAUGGUCCUGCCUCCAGAUCUGACUUUGUGUUCGACUCAACAGAAAUCUGCUCUGUACAUCAUUGCCAAAUCUUCAUUUAUCAAUCUCCGCAGCAAUGCCACUACGUACUACCAACUCAUGACACCCUACCUAGGUGGAGCACCCGUGGAGGAUAUAGAAGCACUUUCCACCCAGAACAUCAACAUGGACAUCAACAUAUUCAUUAGUCUGAAACCCGAAGUUCUCCAGACCCUGAAUGUGAGCACAGUGAAGGCUCUAUUGGGGGUAAACAUGGCUGAUCUGAAGCUAUUUGAGAACUCCUCAGCCAUUCAAUCCUGGGUGUCACAACAAAACCAAUCUGAUUUGGACACACUGACUCUUGGCCUCAUCAACCGCAACCCUUGUUAUGGUGUUAACAGUUACCCACUUUCUAAAGAUUUUGCAUCUGGAAACAUUUCUGCAGUACUGUGCAACUUCAACAUUUCUGAUUAUGCAUGUUCAUCAGGUGUUGUAUUGUCCUCUGAUGAUCUGCUCACAUUGUUAACAUGCAAACUGCAAAAUAACCUGACCUACUCUAAAGAUCUUUGGAAGCAUUUCUUCCAGAAUUUUGCUGGAUCAUUGGAGAAUGCACUGGACAGGUUUUCAAGCAUAACCAACAGCAGCAUUCAAUUCAACCCAAAUAUGCUUGAUGCCAUUGGGGAGGUGAUAAUCAAGGACUUCACAGCAGCACAGUUAACGAAUGCUACUUUCAUAAGCAAGUGGUUCCAGAUAAGGCUCAGACUAUUUUUGUCAUCAGUGUCCACAGACUUUCUGUUCAGCAUCAGUUCCAAAACCUUCAGCUGUGAGACAUACCAAAUUGUGGUGGAGGCUCUCGGUAGUCAGGAAUCACUUAUGACAAAGAAACAGAAGCAGUGGGUCUUUACUUCAUUCAUCUUUCCCUUCCUGUCAAGAGUUGACUUGCCAGAUCCUGGCUGUUUUUCCAACACUUCUGGCAGCAAUGACUGGUUUGAAAAGAACCUUGGCAAUUUCAGCAAUUAUGCCACCUUAAAGGAGCUCCAAAUUCUAAAUGCUAAUUUCUCCAGUGUUGCAGUGUUUGGUUUACUGUCCAGUGAGCAGAAAGCUGAGUUCAUUUUGCAGCCAGAUGCAGGAGUGUUGGGAAAUGACUCUGUGUUUAGAGAGGUGUUUGGCCGUAUGAUCACAUCUUUAGAUCUGAAUCAACUUGUCAGCUUCUUCACAGCCUUCAGCCAGAUUGCAAUACAAAUGAACAUGACUAGCAUUCCUUCAGCAACAUCAGACACCAUUCUGAACAUAACGUUAAUGAAUCUGGCGCCUCACUUCCAAAGUUUCAGCUCGAAGGACUUUGCACUGUGGUUCCAGACUUACCUUUCCAUCUUCCUUCCUGUGACUGGUCCAAGCACCCUGUCGAUCAUCCCCAUGAACAUCAGCUGUAACUCCUACAGAGAGAUAGUGAAAGGCCUUAAUAAUGUGUACAGUAACCUCUCUGUAACACAGUCCAACACUAUCUUCAGUUACAUACAAGACUAUCUGAAGUACCAGUCCAGCCAAGGCUUGAGCUGCUAUGGCAGUGGGAGCUUCUACAUGUUCCUGAAACAGUUGUUCCUCAGUUUUGGAUUCCCUGACCUAAAUGAUUUCCUGUCCCUUAUUCCGGCUGAUCGACAGGCAGAGAUUUUGAGCUCCAUCUCAACGGAAGAACUCAGCGAGUAUCUGAAAAGCACAAACCCAGUGAUUAAUGGUUCUGAACUCUGCACACUACUUAACAAUUACAACAGAACCACUCAGUACCUGGAGAUGGAGCCUGUUUUGUCCUCAGCUCUGGCCAGCCGAACAUUAGAGUGUGUGUGGCCUCGUGCACUUAGUGCCUCAUCUCAGGCUGAUGUAGAACAGUGGUUUAAUGUCACACUGCUUCACUACCUGCCCUACCUCAGCUCUCAGCUCAUCAGCUCCACCCAGCUCAGUGGUGCCUCUUGUCUGUCAUACAGGAAACUGGUGUCCAUCCUAGGGACAACUACACCUUUGCUGCAGCUGAUUUCACCCCAGCUGAUGUAUGGCAGCCCUCGCUGCUAUAACUCUUCAGAUCCUCUUCUGAACUCCACUGCCUGGUUUGUCGAUAAUAUCGGAUUCUUCAUCACCUUCAUCACCCUCACUGAUCUUCAAUUAUUCCUAUCAGGAAACAUGUCAAGUGUGUUCCUGAAGAACUCUGAAAAUCUUCAGUUGUUCAACAAUGCAAACAUUUCAGCCAGUGUCCUGCAGUACUACACAAGAGAGUUGUACCUCCAGAAUCCUGACUUCAGCCCACUCAGAUUGCCACCUGAGCUGCUGUGUCAAAGUCCUUCCUCCAUGUUUGUUCCUCUUGGAGAUGCAGACAUUCAGACCAUCCUCACUAAGAUCAACAACUUCUGUACAGAAUUUAAUCCAGAGGUUACAGCGGUGCUGGUAGCAAAGUUCCCCAAUAUAACAACAGAUGCCAUCCAAAAGUUGGGUAGCCAGUGCGUGGGCCUGACUGUGGGCCAGAUAAACUCUGCCCCCUCCAAUGUGUUAAACACUACACUGUCUACACUCAGUAUCAUCAGUGGCUGGGACCAGGGCCAAUUGAAUGCCCUCAUCCAGAGCAUCAUUAGUUCAGGCUUUAAUUCUGUCACCAUCAGUACUGCAGGGAUUCUCCUGUGGUUCAGUUCAGACUCUGCCAAUACAAAAGCCAAAGAUCUAGUGAAAGCCUGUAGACCACGUGCAGACAGAGACAAGGUUGUCCUGGAAGAGGCUCAGCUGAUCUGCAUGUACAACUACGUAAAACAAGAUCCAUUUGUUAACUUUACUGAUGUCCCCUCUGACCUGCUACUGUACUACAGCUAUGAGAAGAUACCGAAGGUGAACUGCCAGUCAUAUUUCAGUGCCCUGGGCAAAGCAGAUUUCUAUGUUGUUUCUCCUGUCCUUGACAAAAUGACCAACCUGUUCAACAAUGCAAAGGACUGCCUGGGUAUAUCUGGUGUGAGCCUGACCGGGGAUCAGGUGGAUGUUCUUGGGAAUAUGGCCUGCACACUGGAAUUCUCCUACAUUCAGAACUCUGACCCUCUCAUUUUGGAGAAACUAAAGAACUGUGAAGAUCUUUCUGAUUCUCAGAUCACUGCUAUACAGUCACUGCUGCUCAGUGGAAACACUACUUAUGGUAAUCCAUCAACAUGGAAUGAGCAGACCGUGGAACAACUCGGCAUGCUGGCUGUUUAUUUCAAAUCAGACCUCUGCAACAAGCUUAGCUUUAAUGUAAAAAGGAAAGUUCUUUCAGUCCUGAGGAAGCAGAAGCUCCCAAUAAAGAAACUAAGUGCAUUCUUUACAGAAUGCAACUCAGAAAGCACUACAGUGAGCAAGAUCACAGCAGCAACAAUUGCAGAUACAUCGUUUCCUUACGGCUUUAACUCCACGCUGUUUGAUCUGUAUCUGGACAUCGAUGUCCUACAGGACAACCUGGCAGCCAUUACUGAGAAAGUGGUGGACACCAGCCUCCAGAAUGUCAUUCUGAACAAGUUAAACCAGAUUUAUCCAUCAGGCCUUAAUGAUGAUGUGCUGCAACUACUAGGUUCCACGUCUCGGGUAGCAUCUAUUGAUGCUAUUAGCAAAUGGAACAUUACUAUAAUUGAUACGCUGUCCUCUUUACUGGACUCAAAUGAUGGAAGCUGGGAACCAGAAAAGAGUAAAGCAAUCAUCAUGAGAUAUCUGAACAUUGAUAUUCAUUCUCUGGGAAGUGCUGAAAUAAAUAUCAUUGGUUCUUACAUCUGUACAUUAGACAUCAAUGUACUGGAAAAUAUCACUGCUGAGAACCUAAUAAUGGUCCUGCCUCCAGAUCUGACUUUGUGUUCGACUCAACAGAAAUCUGCUCUGUACAUCAUUGCCAAAUCUUCAUUUAUCAAUCUCCGCAGCAAUGCCACUACGUACUACCAACUCAUGACACCCUACCUAGGUGGAGCACCCGUGGAGGAUAUAGAAGCACUUUCCACCCAGAACAUCAACAUGGACAUCAACAUAUUCAUUAGUCUGAAACCCAAGUUCUCCAGUUACCCACUUUCUAAAGAUUUUGCAUCUGGAAACAUUUCUGCAGUACUGUGCAACUUCAACAUUUCUGAUUAUGCAUGUUCAUCAGUAAGUCUUCUGUGA